CAUUACUUCAUCUUCAUCUUCCACCACCCUUUUCUCAUCUUUCCGGCGGCCAUGGCGACUACUUUCACCACUUCUAUCUCCACCAAAACCAACACUACCUUCUUCGAUCAAUCCUCCUUCUAUGGAGUCCCAAUUUCUUCCCCAAUUCGUGUCCAACCACCUAAAUCUGCACUAAACAAAACGUCCAUCACUAUGUCUGCAGCUUCUUCUUCACAAUACGAUCUCGGAUCCUUCACUUUUCAACCGAUUAAGGAAUCGAUUGUUUCUCGUGAAAUGACCAGGAGGUACAUGACUGAUAUGAUUACUUAUGCUGAUACUGAUGUCGUCGUUGUCGGUGCUGGAUCUGCUGGUCUUUCAUGCGCUUAUGAACUCAGCAAGAACCCUAAUGUUCAGGUGGCGAUUAUCGAGCAAUCUGUGAGCCCCGGUGGCGGUGCAUGGCUCGGCGGACAACUAUUUUCCGCCAUGGUUGUCCGCAAGCCCGCACACCUCUUUCUCGACGAGCUCGAAAUCGAGUACGACGAGCAAGACAACUACGUCGUCAUCAAACACGCGGCUCUUUUCACCUCCACCAUCAUGAGCAAGCUGUUGGCCCGACCAAAUGUGAAGCUCUUCAAUGCGGUGGCGGCCGAGGAUUUGAUCAUCAAAGAAGGAAGAGUUGCAGGAGUUGUGACCAACUGGGCUUUGGUGUCGAUGAACCACGACACACAGUCGUGUAUGGACCCUAACGUGAUGGAAUCGAAGGUGGUCGUGAGCUCGUGUGGCCACGAUGGUCCGAUGGGUGCCACCGGAGUCAAGCGGCUCAGGAGCGUUGGGAUGAUCGAUAGUGUUCCAGGGAUGAAGGCUCUCGAUAUGAACACAGCUGAAGAUGCGAUCGUGAGGCUUACGAGAGAGGUUGUUCCUGGAAUGAUCGUUACCGGGAUGGAAGUUGCAGAGAUUGACGGUUCUCCAAGAAUGGGGCCAACAUUUGGCGCGAUGAUGAUUUCAGGGCAGAAGGCUGCACAUUUGGCAUUGAAGGCAUUGGGACUUCCUAAUGCUCUUGACGGAACGUACGUCGGAAGUGGCCAGCCGGAGCUGAUCCUUGCGGCGGCAGACGGUGGUGAUACCGUCGAUGCUUAAAUGUGGUAAGAAUUGAGGGUGAGGAAUAACCACCGUGAAUGGUGGUGGGAUAUGAAAGCUUUUACUUUCUUGUUCAUAUGCUUUACUCUCUUGGAUGCUUUAUGUGAAUCAUUUGAUGCCCCUAUUUCCCUUCCCA